UCCUUUAAGUAAGCUGGGUGGGGCUAGGUGCGCGUGCGCGGUCUUAAUACUCCUCCCCGAACUGCCAACUCUUCGCGCAAGUGAGGUAGGCGCUCUUUGCCUGGGUUUACGCGUGCGCAUUAGUGGGCCUGGCCCCGGAAGCUCAGACGCCUGCGCAGUGGGGACUACGGUGACAGUUGUCCGGGUGGGGCGCCAGCCAGUCAUGGCGGAGCCUUGGUCUGGACAGUCUUUGCAGACUCUGUCGGCCACGGUGCUGGGCGCCCUGGGCGCCCUUGGCAGCGAGUUCCUGCGGGAGUGGGAGGCGCAGGACAUGCGCGUGACUCUCUUCAAGCUGCUGCUGCUUUGGUUGGUGUUAAGUCUUCUGGGCAUCCAGCUGGCGUGGGGGUUCUACGGGAGUACGGUGACCGGGUUGUAUCACCGCCCAGUAUCUCUGGCCUCUAACCUGACCUGGGCUGAUGACUGCUCAGAUACCCUCCCCAAGUCUGCUGCAGCUCUGGAUGUGUUCCUGCCCCCAGGUCUGGGCGGCCAGAACGGAUCCACACCUGAUGGCUCCACGCAUUUCCCUUCCUGGGAAACAGCAGCAAAUGAGCCUCUCAAAACCCACAGAGAAUAAGGGAAGGCAGCAGAGGGGUCUCCAGGGACAUCACCGGGUCUGCUGGCUCCCACACUGGGUUCUGCUACUGCCCAGACACCAGGGACGACUGCAGUGGGGUAGGGGGUUGGGGCAGGGAGCACCCCAGCACUUGCAGGGAUGGGCCUUCACUGCCCUUGGCCUUGCCUCCAGCAGCCCCAGGCACUGGGCCAGUAAACAGUUUGCCUCUACCCUGAUCUGGGUGCCUUAAGGAGAGAAGGCACGCUCCUCCUUCUUCAGGGGUCAGCUCAGAAGCCUCUGGGUUGGGGAGGCGAACAGUCCAUUUUCUGUCUUGGCUUUAUCCUGUUCCUCUUCUCAUCCCUCUGGGAUAUGACCCUGUAGAGAUUUUUUCCUUCUGAGAGUAAGCCUGAGUGAGCAGCUCUGAAAUUUGUAAGGCAAGUCUGUUUUCCCCUAAGCCCUGAGUUUCUGGAAUUUCUUUGGUUUGGCUUUGUUGGCAGGGAGCCAGGGAAUCCUAGCCUGGACACAGCCUUAUAAUAUCUGGUUACUUAGCUAGCCAUUCAAGUACAAAGCAGGGGGCAGCUGGCACCCCCUGGACAUGGAGGCACUGAACACCCACCUCCCUUGGCCCAUCCUGAGUUCUGCAGGCAUGAAUCAGGCUAUGGAAAUUAUCUUUUCCCAAGCACUGUACUAUAUUCCUCUCAGUCCUUCACAGAAGGAAGCUGGGUGCCUGAAAGAGGCUGAGUCCCAGGGGUGACUUCCUAUCCCCACUGCUUAAGUGCCCACAGGAUUGUGGGUUUAUAUCCUGCCCCACAGGAAGGUACUAAGCAGUUAGUGCAGAGCGGCCCCACCAAGCCCUGCGGCCUCACCACUUCCUGUCUUGACCUGGAACCACAAGAGCUUCAUCCCAAAACCCUGGGGUACAGGCUUAGCUCCUCCCCACUAGUUGACCCCCAAAAACCCUCAACAGGGAAGAGCCACAAGCUAGGCAGACCUGCCACUUCCACAGUGGGCAAGGGAGCUUCCAAAAGUAUAAGUGGCAAACGCCAGUCCCUGAAAGCCAUGUGGCCCUAGACCUGCCUCCUUCCCUGAUGGCCAUACUAUUCUGCCUGCUUCUGCAGGGCCACCAGGUACUUCAGUGUCCCGCUGCCUGCUUCCUCUGUUAAAUGUCACAUUUCCAUCUGGCAGCCUUUGCCUAGACAGUCUGAAGAGUGCACUGGAGUAGGACUAUGCUGAGCUCAUGCACAUAUCCUCUGGAGUAUCCUCUGGCUGGUGGGAGAUGAUGGUUUUGCAGUCCUAGGCCUACAAACACCACAACUGGUGUCAGGGUCUCACAUUUCACCCUAGGCUCAAUUGAGGAUAUAGCUUAUUAAACAUGGAAGUGCA